AUGCAGUUUGUUCCAUUUCAUCUCGUGACCGUGAUCCUACUGCUUGUGAUCAAUGAAAGCUCCGCUACUGCCAAGUCCCAAGCAGUUCCCGAAAUUUCAUUCAUGACGAAUCUCAACCAACAAAACGCUCCAACAUCGACGAAGGACGUCCUCCAAACGAACCAAGAUCGAAAUGCGGCUAUUGGUGGUGCCGUCGUCAAUUACCCCCCAGCCCCAAAGAAAGACCCAAUUGUCUCAACGACCGAAGAUCGAAAUGCGCUGAUUGGUGGUGCGGCUGUGUCCGUCAACCUUUCAUUGCAGAAGAAAACUCCAACCGUCUUAGACGUCGAAGAGCGAUACGCACCAAUUGGUGGUGCAGCUGUACCGUAUAACCCCCUAGUGCAAACAGGAGGUGAAAUGGUUGUCAAUUCUGAAUACGAGGGAAAGGGCUUAUUUCAGAGAAUAGCACAACUUUUCGAUGUUGGAGGCGAGGAGAAACCGACCCGUCGUCUUCGAGAGCAGUAA